AUGGCGAAGAUGAUCGCAGUUCUUCUGGCUUCGGUCCUGCCCUCCGCCCUGUCGCGGCUGGGUGAAGCGCCCAGGAAUGCCACAGGGCCAUCUCCAGAAGACCUCCUCCCUGGUGGCGCGGCGCGGCGUGCGGAGUACUGGGAGAAUGCGACGCUGCGCUGGAACGUGGACCCCAGCCUGUCGGAGCUGCAGACCAUGCGAAGGCGUGCAGGCUACGAUCACCUGGCAACCACGACGCGCUACGGCGACACCUGCUGUGCCUCCUGCGGCUCCAUCGACACCGCGCGGCUGGUAGAGGGCACAGGCUUCUAUGCCGUGGCUUCUGCCGAGUCCAUGCAGGAUUACGGCAUCGGAGAUGGGCACUACUGCACGUCGGAUGCUUCCGGGCAUCGUGGAACGCAAGGAAUGGGCUGCCUGUCCUGCGCCAAGGGCAAGUUCUUGCCGGCCCACCCUUUCUCUUACCCUCUCUGGGCCCAGCCAAACGCUGGCAUCUUCCGACGGGAGCUGAAAAUUGUCGUCGCUGACACCUGCCCGCACAGUGGCAACGAGGCCUGGUGCCCUGGGCAUGAGGGCCAUGCGAACAAGUUCGGCGUGAAGCACCACUUCGACUUUGCGAACCCGCCGGCCAAGUAUGACAACUACUACUUCGUGUGGUCGAAGAUUGAGUGCCCCCGCCGCCUGAAGCGGCGAUACGCGGAGAUGAGCAGGUGCUAG